UCCCAGGACCCUGCAUUCACUAUAUCUGGUCUCCCCGGACCCCGCAUUCACUAUAUUUGGUCUCCCCGGACCCUGCAUUCACUAUAUUUGGUCUCCCAGGACCCUGCAUUCACUAUAUCUGGUCUCCCCCGGACCCCGCAUUCACUAUAUCUGCUCUCCACGGACCCUGCAUUCACUAUAUCUGUUUCCCCAGACCCCUCAUUCACUAUAUCUGGUCUCCCAGGACCCUGCAUUCACUAUAUCCGGUCUCCCCGAACCCUGCAUUCACUAUAUCCGGUCUCCCCGGACCCUGCAUUCACUAUAUCUGGUCUCCCUGGACCCUGCAUUCACUAUAUCUGGUCUCCCCGGACCCUGCAUUCACUAUAUCUGGUCUCCCCACACCCUGCAUUCACUAUAUCUGGUCUCCCCGGACCCUGCAUUCACUAUAUCCGAUCUCCCUGGAUCCUGCAUUCACUAUAUCCGGUCUCCCCGGACCCUGCAUUCACUAUAUCUUGUCUC